GCUGCGUGGCGCUGCCCCGGCACGAAACGCCCGUUCUGUCCCUCGGUCGCCUCCGUAGUUCAGGCGUGGCGCUGCGUGCACAAAACACGAAAUGGCACUUGUGUCUGCCGACACGAGGAUCUCCGAGCUGCUGAGUGAGCUUCACCGGCUCAUCAAGCAGACACAGGAGGAACGGUCCCGUAGUGAACACAACCUGCUGAACAUUCAAAAGACUCACGAGAGAAUGCAGACGGAGAAUAAAAUCUCUCCAUACUAUCGGACCAAACUACGGGGCUUGUACACCACCGCCAAAGCAGACGCCGAGGCUGAGUGCGGAAUUCUGCGCAAAGCACUUGACAAGAUUGCAGAGAUCAAAUCCCUGCUAGAGGAGCGGCGAAUUGCGGCAAAGAUUGCCGGACUGUACAAUGACUCGGAUCCACCGAGAAAGACGAUGAGGAGGGGAGUGCUGAUGACUCUGCUUCAGCAGUCUGCUAUGACGCUGCCUCUGUGGAUCGGAAAGCCAGGCGAAAGCCCUCCACCACUGUGCGGUGCAAUACCAGCCUCGAGCGACUAUGUGGCCAAACCCGGGGAUAAAGUGGCAGCUCGGGUCAAGGCAGUGGAUGGCGACGAGCAGUGGAUUCUGGCAGAAGUGGUGAGCUACAGUCACGCGGCCAACAAGUAUGAAGUUGAUGACAUUGAUGAGGAAGGAAAAGAGCGUCAUACUUUGAGUCGCAGGCGUAUCAUCCCACUCCCACAGUGGAAGGCGAACCCUGAAACUGACCCUCAAGCACUCUUCACGAAGGACCAGCUUGUGUUGGCUCUGUACCCACAGACCACCUGUUUCUAUCGUGCGCUGAUCCACGCACCUCCGCAGCGGCCACAGGAUGACUACUCUGUGCUCUUUGAGGACACGUCCUAUGCCGAUGGCUACUCCCCUCCCCUCAAUGUAGCCCAGCGGUAUGUGGUAGCCUGCAAGGAGACUAAGAAGAAGUGAGGGAUGGUGUGUGUGUAAAUGUCUAGACCCAAGGCGAUAUGACUUCUAGAGACAGAAGAGUAAUUAAGAGAUGGAGUUCUACAUUAGAAUGUGUAUCUUUGAGUAAGGUGAGUUGUGUGAGAACUCAUCUGUCACAGUCAGCUGUAGCCAAAGGGACAGUGGACAAUAUGGAAGAAGCUGGUAUGUCUGUCCAGAGAGGUCUGAAGUGGACAUUUGUGUUACAUGGGAAAUAAGCAGGAGGUUAGGAGGGAGCUAGCCAGAGAGGAUUUUUGCCCGACUUUUGGAUUUUACUAUACUCGUCGUAAAAAUAAAACAGUUUUACUUUCAGGAGA